UGUAGAACGAUACACAUCUCAACAUGGCUACCACAGCUUUGUACAUUCUACUGGCUGCGACCGCAGUGGCGGCGGUGCAGGUGGCCUUCGUGCCUCCGGCGGCCACCAGCUACAUCUACAGGAGCGACAACAACGGCCCGGCGAGCUACAUCCAGCUGGGAGCACCUGCACCUAUCCACCAUGCGCCUCACAACGCUUUCGCGCCGCCCCUGCCCAUCAUUCAACCUAAAUUCGGAGCUAUUGAAGCCCUCGACCUCGCUCCCGUACCCCUGCCUUAUGUGGCUGCUAAGCCCAUCGUUGUUGAAGAUGCUGAAGAUGAUGAUGAUGACGAUGAUGACGACGACAGUGAAAGUUCAGAAGAAUACAGUGGACACGAUCAUGGACAUGCUUUCGCAAAAGGUGGUGGCAGCAAUUAUGGUGAAAAGCACCACUCGGCUCAUGGGGAAAAGGGAAGUAAGGGCUACCACACAGAGGAUCAUCAUGCUAAGGGUGAAGCUGGACAAUAUGGUAAGAAACACGACGAAGGCUAUUACAAAGAAGCUGAAGGUGGCGAGAAGGGACAUCAUGACGAGGCCGCAGUACAUGGCAAGCAUUAUAAAGGAGGUAAAAGCUACAAGGGUGGUGAUCAUGGACACAAGAAGCACUUCAGCAAAGGAGAAGACAUCACUGGAUACCACAAGGUAUUCCACAAGGACGAGUUCAAGAAGGACCAUGACUUCUACGACGUUGCCGACAAGAGCGGGCACUUCAACAAGCAUGGACAUGAGAACGAGCAUCAUGGAUCCGAAGAAGGUGGCCACAAGGAGGGAGGUCAUCAUGACUCAGCGUCUAAGAAAGGAGAGUUCGGAAAAUCUGGAUUCCACGCCAAGGGUCACAUUAAUGAUGCUGAAGCGGGUCAUUCUGCUGAAGAUGGUCAUGAAAGUCACUAUCAUAACGAAGCUGAUUUCGGUAAGAAGGGAGGCAGUAGUCAUGGUAAGGAAUACGCUUUCGCUAAUGACGAUGACGAUGACGACGACGACGAUGAUAGCCAUUAUGAUGACAAGGAAUAAGUUCUGUCCUACCAUACGAUUGUUGUAAAUAUCUAAUAUUAUGUUGACUAUUUAAUUUUCGCAAUAAUUUUGUUAUGUUUGAUACACUCGAUGAUGAUGCUGUAAAUAUAAUUUUUUAACGCAAGCGAACGAAUAAAUGC